AUGGGGAAAGCAAAGAAAACGAGAAAAUUUGCCGAAGUAAAACGAUUGAUAAAUCCGGCCGAUUCAAGACUUAAAUCUAUACAAGAAAAACAAAAGAAGAGACAGGAAGAAAAAACUAAAGAAUCUGUUCGUAAUGUACCGCAGGUAGCUUCGUCGUUAUUCUUUAGAUAUAAUACAGCACUUGGUCCACCUUAUCGAGUAAUGGUGGAUACAAAUUUUAUUAAUUUCUCAAUUCAAAAUAAGCUGGAACUUGUACGGUCGAUGAUGGACUGCUUAUAUGCCAAAUGUAUCCCAUGUAUCACUGAUUGUGUAAUGGCAGAAUUAGAGAAAUUAGGGCCAAAAUAUAGAAUCGCAUUGAGGGUUGCUCGUGAUCCAAGAUUUGAAAGAUUACCGUGUAUGCAUAAGGGAACAUAUGCUGAUGACUGCCUUGUACAGCGUGUAUCUCAACAUAAAUGUUACAUAGUGGCAACGUGUGAUCGAGAUUUGAAGCGCCGCAUUCGUAAGAUUCCCGGUAUCCCAAUCAUGUAUAUUUCAAAAAGAAGAUAUACAAUAGAAAGAUUACCAGAAGCUUAUGGUGCUCCUGCUUAAAGAUUUUUAACAACUAUCUCCAAUAAUGUAAUAUAAAGUUAAUCAAUUUGUUCAUAUACCCAUAUAUAUAUAUAUGGAAUGAUGUUUAAAAUCUCUUUGGAAUUAGAGAAAAUUUAUGAUUCAAGCAAUUAAAAUUUAAUUGAAUGAUGCGAGAUUAGACAAUUUAAAUAAUGAGAUUAGAAAAUUUAAAACAAAACUAGACGCGUUAAAGCGUAGAAGAAUAUAAAAUGAUAUCAAACUAAUGAUAUCAUUUCAUAUAGGACGCGUUAAAUAACAAUUAAGACAAUAUAAUAUAAUUAAUUAAAAAAUUAAAAAUACCGUGAAUU